AAAAAAAAACAUAUGAUGAUUAAUUGACAUUGACCAUUUAAAUUUUCAAAGUGAUAGUAACAUGGUAAUAGUUUUGAAUCCCAUUUUUAUUGAAACAGAACCUGAACACUUAUCCUCUUAUAGAAUCAUGUGACUCAUCUAAUCUUAUCUUAAAUCUUUUGAGACCAGUUCAAGUUCCAGACCAUGGAUUCCCUUUCACAACCAACACUUGUAGCAGUGAUAGCCAUAACCAUAAUUCUUCUCUACAACAGAUGGAGGAAGCAAAAGGGUAGUGAAAAAAGGAAGGGUACAGAACCCCCAGAACCCUCAGGUGCCCUACCAUUGAUUGGUCACCUGCACCUUUUAGGAGGUCGGACACCCCUGGCUAGGACCUUUGCUGCUUUGGCUGACAAAUAUGGACCCAUCUUUCAAAUCCGUCUAGGGGCAUACCCUGCCCUUGUGAUCUGCAACCAAGAGGCCAUAAAAGAGUGCUUCACCACCCAUGAUAAGGUCUUGGCCUCACGCCCUAAGAGUAGCCAUGGUGUGCUUCUUGGUUACAAUUUUGCAGGGUUUGGAUUUGCCCCUUAUGGCGCGUACUGGAUCAAGAUCAAAAAGCUCACCAUGCUUGAAUUGCUCUCUGCUCGCCGCCUCGAAUUCCUCAGGCAUGUUUAUGAGUCUGAGAUUGAUACUUUGGUCAAUGAUCUUUGGAUGUAUCUUGAUGGCAAAACUGAUGUUAGAGUCACUAUAAGUGAUUGGAUGGAACGCUUGAGCUUCAACAUCGUCACAAAGAUGAUUGCUGGGAAAAGGUAUUUCAGUUAUUUGGAAGAUGUGGAUGAUGUAGAAGCACAUGGUGUUGUGAAACUUAUAAAGGAGUUCAUGCAUAUAUCUGGGGAGUUUGUUCCCUCAGAUUUAAUUCCAGUUCUUGGAUGGUUUGGGGUGCAGGGGAAAGUCCUCAAAUCCAUGAAACGAAUUGCAAAAGAUUUGGACACCCUUGUCGGAGGUUGGCUUGAAGAACAUAAGAAAAUUCAUUCCCUCAAUAACAAAUCAUUGGACAAACAUGAUUUCAUUGAUGUAAUGCUCUCUGCCAUUGAAGAUGAUCCUCUCUCUCAUCAUAAUCGUGAUACUAUCAUCAAAGCUAAUGUUGCCAGUCUGAUGUUAGCGGGAUCAGACACGACAUCAACCACAAUGACAUGGAUACUGACGAUGCUGCUGAAGAAUCCAGAGGUUUUGAAGCGAGCACAGGAAGAGAUAGAAGAUGAAGUUGGAAGAGAGAGAAAGGUGGAAGCAAGUGACAUAAAAAACCUGUUUUAUCUUCAAGCAAUCGUGAAGGAAACUUUGAGGCUAUACCCUCCAGGACCUCUGCUGGUGCCCCACGAGGCUACCCAAGACUGCUACAUUCAAGGGUACCACGUACCCAAAGGCACACGUGUGUUUGCGAACGUGUGGAAGCUUCACAGAGAUCCGAGUGUGUGGUCAGAGGCUGAGAAGUUUUCACCAGAGAGGUUUCUGAAUGAGAAUGGAGAAGUGGUUGAUGAAGGUCACCAGCAUUUUGAGUAUUUGCCUUUUGGGUCAGGUAGAAGGGCUUGUCCUGGUUCAACUUUUGCAACACAGGUUACUCUCAUCACCAUUGCUCGUUUGCUUCAUGCUUUUCGUUUCGAUGUGCCUGUCGAUGAACCUGUUGAUUUGGAAGAAGGCUUGGGCAUCACCUUGCCCAAGAUCAACCCUUUGCAGAUUCUCUUGAGCUCAAGGUUACCAAAUCACUUUUAUAACACACACAAAUUCUAGACAUAUAUACAAUAUCUGCAAUAUCAACCUUCAUAUAAACCCAUAGUUGAAGUGUAUAUACAAAAACUCUCCAUUGUAAUCCUUUUAAUCUUUUUAGGACAUAAAUUUGGCUUGCAUCCAUGGGAAUCAUAAAUCAUCACUUUUAUCUAAGCUCAUUCUGUUUUGCAAUUUUCUGUCUUAGGUAAUGUUUUAUCUACAGAUGCAUUCAUCCAAACCAAUGGUAGCAAUGUAUGAAAAUCAUAAAUCAUUCAUGGCAUAUAUAACUGAUUCUUAGUGACAUCAUCAGAUGCCUAAAUGUUAUGAUAAAUAUAAAACACUAGAAUUAGGAAAAUACUGAAAGAUGAAAGUACUGAUUUGAGCACCUACACAGAUUCCUGAACUACAUUAAUAAGUGUUCCCUCGUAAUAAAUUAAAAGACAAACAGCUCAGGGGAGUUGCGAUCAAAGAAUAAAUAGAAAAGGCAGAAACAUAAGUGUGGUAUGAAUCUGUGUCUAAUGUGAAUGCGUUCAUUACUAUUCCAUUAGUUAAUGACCCUCAUUCUAAAUGUCUGCCUUCAUUUCUAGACCACCCUUUUUUAUCUUUAGCAAAUAAGGUGGAGAAUAAAUGGUAUAAUGUUAAAAUAUGAUAAGAAAAAGAAAAGGCUAUGAUAAACAAAAGAACUUAUAGGUCACGAAUGAUAGGUUAGAAUAGGAUAAC